AUGGAAAAGUAUUGUGUACGAGAGAAAGAUAGCACUCAGAGAGAAGAAGAAAUCGUGGAACGAGAUAAAAGCGACAAAGAAAUCGAUAUUUACAAAUCGGAACCGUGUACGGAAUUGAUGAAGCGAAGCAAGGAAUCACUCGUCAAAAAAUCACAUAAAAAGCAUUGCGAUUGGAUGAAGUCCACUUCAGAUACGUAUUGUCCAAAUACCAAGCUCUUCAAAAGUUACCACAUGUAUCAGAGGGCAUAUGAUCGGUUAAAAAAAUAUACGGACAAACCGAGUUUUUUCAAUUUACCACCAAAAUGCGAAACUUUGUCGAGGGGCCCAAAGAAAAAGGAUAAAAAAAUUCCUUGUCACGAAGACGACUAUUACAUGUCGCUAUGUCGACGGAGAGCUGAAUUUCGAAUGCAUCUGAUCAGGAAGAUCAAAGGGCCGGCGAGACGCGAUGAAAGCCGGCGCGAGGACAGGAUGGAAAUUUAUAGCGGCUAUGCAAAAGAGGGGACGGUUUUAGACGACGACAAUGUUUGCGGACAAACAGCGGCAAUUCCGUGCGAUGUCGGCGAUAUCGCCGACAUUUGGCUCACGGAGGAAGACAAGAAUCUCUUGAGGUAUUACUACUACAUUCUUCAUGAGGUUGACGACACUCACGCAGGCACCUUAGAUUCUGACACAUUAAAGAAGAUCACGAGCAUGGUGUCCGCUGAAUGGCAGGAGAGACACAGCGAGUGUUUUGACCGAUUGAUUCAGGAAUUAAAAAGCGACUACGUCACGAACAUGAAAAAGUCCAUCGUCGACUUUGUAUUGCAGGAACCCUUCGAGGAGGCGUACAGCCUUUGCGCUCCGCCGUCGUUCUCCCGAGAAAUCGCCGACUCGCCGGAGCGCUGCAAAUACCAGAAAAUAAGAACGAAAUUGGAGAAAAAAUCGAUUAUCCUGUAUCAUCCGUGCAUACGCAAAACUUUGAAUUAUUGGUAUCGCGAAUACGGAAAGGUCAAGCAAGUGGACAAGCGACAGCUGACAUCGUACGGAAAAUCGUACGAUCUUUCAAAAUUUGAUAACAUAUUCUUAAAAAUCCUCAAAGACACGAGUGAUGAUCUUCUCAAACGAUGGCUGCCGAAAAUCUGUAACAUUUUACUCGCAGCUUCAAAAAAGGGAAAUUUGCCAUCGACAGAUAAUCCGCAAUACAAUAGGUUCUUCAAUUGCCUUGCUUAUGUCAUGGAAGACCAAUUGCGAGAUUUAUGCUUGCGUUCGAUGGAAGACUAUAUCGAGUAUCUCAUGGACGUCGGUCAUACAAAUUGUGGCUUUAAUAUAGAUGUCGUGGUACGAAAUACGUCCGUCUCCUUUGAUCCCACAUUUAAAGCAUUCGUAAAUGGACUUUUGAUGCUAUUGAAUUCUCUUUAUGAUGCCGUAACUACGUUACCACGAGCAGAAGUAAAACUGGGAUGGAUUUCUUCUGAUAGUGAAUCCCUUGAAUUGCUCAAGCCCGUAAUUUCUUCAGAUAUUUUGGAGCAGCACGCGAAUGUCAUAUCAAAUUUAAUUCAACGCUAUAGAACCGAUCCGGAAUCGCAAUUGCACGAGUUUGAUAAAUAUAUGAGUUUAAUAAAUGACAAGGAUGUCAAUUACAUUCAGAAAUUUCUGAAGGUUCAACCGCCUCAUCCAUAUCAAAAGUAUUGCGAACUCGUCGAUUAUUACGAUCGAUUGAGCAAGAAUGUUCCGUUAGAGUUUUAUAGAACAUCUUUUACUGAUCUCUUUGAAGUCUGCAGACAUCAUAUUAUAGGGCACAUUGCUUCUACAGCUGCUCAUCUCAAAGGCGAAUUAAUUUCCAAAAUGAUCGCUGAUUAUCAGCAAAAAGUUCGAGUUAUAGGAGAUGUUUAUCAAAACAUCGCAGAUCAAGCAUUGAGUAUACCGCCCAAUACUUCAGAACUCGUGAAAUUGCAGGCUUUCAUACAUAAAUCUGAAACAGAAACUGUUUUCGAGCUCGAAACUCGAUUGAAAGAAGUAAUAAAAUAUAUAAUAUUUUUAUCAGAUUAUCACCAUUUGACGCCGGUCGAGUUGAAAAACAACAAUUUUGUUUUCCAUUGGUGA